AUGACCUACAUAACUUAAUAACUUGGAAGGCAUCGCCGGGCCUACCGCUUGCAUUUUAGAAAUUAGAAAGUCAUUCAUCUUACUUCUUUAAUAUUUGUAGGCCUUCUUUAUCGACUGGGUAUCGACUGUAAUGAAAGAAGAAUUACCUUUUAGUAGGCAAGUAUUUGGAUUAAAUUUUAAAAUUAAAGGAAUUUAGAAAUGAACGCAUCUGUUAAAUCUGUAACUGUAAGAGUAAGAGUUAGUAAGAGUAAGAAGUAAAAAGUAAAAGUAAAAUAAAGUGAAGAAGUCACAGAAUUAGAAAGUGAAAGUAAUUUAGUAAGUCUUCAGACUUAAGUCUUAAGUGUAUAAAUUAUAUUAUAAAGUAUAUUUAUUAGAAUUAUUAUUACAUAUUAUUAUUUUCAAUAUCUUUUUUGCGAUUUCUUGCCUUAAAAAGUAAAAAAAGCAAAUAAAUUGUUCAUGAUUCAUAGCAUUUUUACAAUAAAUUUUAAUGUAAUUAAAUUUUAAUUAAGACACUUUAAACACGUCUGUGUUAAUAUAAUAUAAUAUGUCACGUCUAAAAAUAAAUAUUUUUAAAUUAUUAUUAUUUUUUAACAAAUGCUUAUACCUAUGCCAUAAUUAAACUUUAAGUAUUAAACAAGUAUUAAAGUGUAAGUGACUUACUUAGACUUAGUGACUAAGUGUAAAUAAAUAAAUGUGCAUGGCCCAAAAAUUUUUUUAUCGCUUUCUUCGUUUUUUUUGGCUAUUUUUUUUUUAACAGCAAUAAUAAAAUUUUAGACCCCCAUUCUGGCCAAAAUAAAUAAUAAUAAUAGUAUUGCCAUCUUAAUCUUAACUUAGAACUUAGACUUAGAGACUUGAAAUUGACAUGGCUAUUUUUUUUAAUACAUAAGAUACACCAGGUCGAUUUAAUAUGGGACAACGAAUUAUUAAAAAAAAAAAAAAAAAAAAAAAAAAAAAAACAACUUUCCCGAUGAUUCCUCCAAGUUUUAGUCUAUGACACAUUAAAAUAACAAAAUCAAAAUAAAUGUCAUUUAUGUCAUGUUAAAGCCUGUUACUAACUGUUCAUUCACUAACGUUACAAAAAAAUUAAAAAUUAAUUAGUUUUUUGAUCUGAAGUUUUUAACGAAAAAAAAAAAAAAAAAAAAAAAAAAAACAACUUUCCCGAUGAUUCCUCCAAGUUUUAGUCUAUGACACAUUAAAAUAACAAAAUCAAAAUGAAUGUCAUUUAUGUCAUGUUAAAGCCUGUUACUAACUGUUCAUUCACUAACGUUACAAGAAAAUUAAAAAUUAAUUAGUUUGUUGAUCUGAAGUUUCUAGCGAAAAAAAACAAACAUCAUCUAUCAUUCAUUAGUAUCAUCUCGAUUUCGUCAUAAAAAGUAAUAUAUCCAGUAGGUCUACAGUAUUAGUCAGUAUACAUAACUAAAUCUAGUUCUUUGUAGUUUUAUAUUAUAAAUUUUUAAAACAACAAAACAGCACCCUGACAGUGACGUCAUUCAUAUUUUUUAAAAAGAAGCAUGCUUGAUUUUUAGCAUUGAAAAUAAUACUAAUACAUACCUGAAAGUUGAAACAUGGUUAUUGCAAUUGAUUCAUUUAAAAAAAAAACAACAUUAUUUGUAAAUUUUAAAAAUGGAAAGGCACACCCAAAGUAUCCCCAAAUGAAAAAAAAAUAAUUUACAAAGAUUGGGAAUCACAUUCACAGCAUUCAUCAAAUUUUGAGGUUGGCUAUACUGCCAUUACUGCAUUCAAUUUAAUGUAAUCAACUGUUUGGUCAGCUGUUAUGAAGAUCUUAGACUUAGAGCUCAACAAAGAUUAUAAGUAAGCUCUCACUUUUCAUACACAUGUCAAUGCAUUUAAUUAUAUUUGUUUUGUAAUUUGUAUUGAUUUAUUUUGCUCUAAAACAAAUUUCAGCAAAAUUAAUUAACUUAGAUUAAAAAUACUUUCAGAUACUGACAAAAAUACUUACCAGUCUUAUGUAUGGCAACAAAACUUAUGGACAAGAUACUUCUGUCCCGCUUUAAAGGUUGUCUUGUUGGAGGGGUGGUGGGGGACUGUAUUGGUGCUCUGUAUGAAGGAUUAAGCCAUGUAAAAACCAAUGAUCUUAUAGAGCGUAUCAACAAAUUAGAAAAAGGUAGGCCUGUUUUUUUACUGUAAUAUUUUUAAUUACAUUUGUUUAACUUUGAAUUAGAGUUUUCUUUGAAAGUGAACAUUCUUGUGACUUCUCAAAAUGAAAUAUGUCUUGAAAUCUCGGUCUAGUCAUUUAUUUUAAAGGCAAAUGCUCUUAUCAUCAGAUAGACAGACUCAAAGAGAGCACGGGACAAAACCUGCAGAAAAAUAUGGAUUUAGCUAUACAGAUGAUACUGCCAUGGCGAGAAGUGUGGCUGGUUCUCUAAUUGAUAAGGGUCAGUUUGAUGCUCCAGAUAUGGGGAAAAGGUAAUGUUACUUUGCAAAAACAUUUGUGGAUUUUCAAAAUGUAAUGCUAUUGAAAGUAACAUAAAGAUGCUACUUAGAGUACCAAGAGAAUAUUAUAAUAAAUCUAUAUUAUGACAUGCUAACCCAGAAUUACGUUUAGGUAUUCUCCUGUUGAUUAUAGCUGUAAAGCAAACUUCUGCUAUUCUUAGGUUUGCUGAAGAAUAUUUCAGAGAGCCAGAUAGAGGAUAUGGAGGGAGCAUCGCAGCUGUUUUUGAUGGAAUCCGAGAUACCAAUACAACUGAUGUAUACCAGCCAGCAAGCAAGCAGUUUGAGGGCAGUGGAUCCUAUGGCAAUGGGGGAGCAAUGAGAAUUGCACCAGCUGCAUUGUUUACUUUCUGUGACAAUAAUGCCACAAAACUGAUAGUAAUAUAUUUUAUACAUAUAGUUAUACUUCAAAAUGUCUCUGAGGUUACAUUCUUAAAAGGAAACACCCUGCAUAUUUUAAAAUAAAUAGGAAGCUCAGUUUGGAUAAUAUUAUGGCUUCAAUUUAAAAUGAAAACUUAUGGAAGCAAAGAUUAACAAUUUCUAAAAAUAUUCUUAUUAAAUGCAUAAAUGCCUCAGAACUGAAAGCUAACAAAUGGGAAAUGAAAGUUUCCAACUAAAACAAGAAACAUGCCAUGAUUUUAAGCCAAAUUAAAAUACUAACAAGAAAUUUUGCUCUUAAAGAUAAAUAAAAAUAAUUAAGAAACAUUUUAAAUUAUUAAAAAAUAUCACCAUUAUUAUCUAACAGGGUAAAAUCUAAAUUGUGCAAAUAAAGUGAGAUAUGUGUUAUUUACACAAUAUAAUAGCUAAAUUUGUUAUGUUCUCCAGUAAGCUGUUUUCGUAAUUCUCUAUAAAAAACAAAUUUCAGUUAAUUUCAUUGAAAGAAAAUAAAUUUCGUUCUUUUAUGUUAUUUUACCGAGAUUUAAAUUCAACAUCUAGGAGGAUACUUUUAUAAGCAACAAAUAAAACAGAAUUAAAUGUAAAUGAUCCUUUUUAGAUAUACUCUUAUGUUCUAAUAAUUUCCAUUUUCCUUCAGAGCCUUGUCUCAUCCAUCACCAGGCUGACGCACACAAAUCAUUUGGCCAUACAUGGAGCCAUCCUGGUGGCUCUGGCUGUUGAUCAGAGUCUGAGAUUGCCCCAAGACACAGCUGUGGAUUGUGAUGAGUUUAUUGAAGCCCUGAUAAUAAAACUGAGACCGUUAGAGGAGGAACAUGACAAGAGUAGCAUGGGACCACCCCCACUAAAGAAAAAUUCCAAAAGGCAAGAUGACUUUUUAAAACACAUUCUCUUUUUUUUUCUUUUUCAAUAAAUUCUAUUUUGUCGUUGGAAUAAUUUAUCCUCCAGCAAAGAAAUCCAUUUUAAUUCAAGUUAUAGUAAAGUUAAACAAAAAAUGAUUUUAUAAAAAGAAAAUAUUUCCUAAGUUUAAAUAACCUUUGAAGCUCAUAAGUAAUUAAAUAAUGAAAAAAAAACCAUUACCUAGAAGUAUUUACAUUUAUUUGUGUGUAAUUAAAAAAAAAACAACAUUCUUUCUACUCUCAGUUUUUUUAUUGAAUUACCAAAGCUUGUGGCAUCUGAUCGUGUUUCUGUUUAUAUUUUGGGACAUAUUUAUCAAUUAAAAUUCUUUUUAAAAAAAUUGAAAUUUUGAAUAUUUUAUUAACAGAGUCCUGGAUGCCAGUGCAACUCCUUACUGUGCCAAACUGAAGAGAAUAAAGGAAAUGCUCAAAGAACCUAAUUUAAAAACUGCAACUGUAGUGGAAGAACUAGGUAAACAAUUACAUAAAGCUAUGCAGAAAAGCAUUCAAUUACCAGUGAUAUUGUUAAGUAAAAGAACCAUUUGCUACCACAAUAAAAUUGUAGUCCUAGUUUUAAAUAUGUUAGAAUUGUUAAUUGCACAGUUACUACAACGUGUAAUGUUUCAGUUUCAAGAAAUACAAUUUAAUUUAUACAGAAAAGUCUCUAUUUUCUAACAAUACAAUUUAGCUUUCCUUAUCAGAAAUGAAGAAAUCCUCUAACAUUUUAAUUUAAUUGAAAUUGAGGACCAAAAAGGAUAAAAACUAAAUAAAACUUUGAGGUAAACCAGAGAAAAAGUUAUACAAAUUCUUACGCUUGAUGGUGGACCUUACAUUUAAAAAAAUUUCCCAGCAGUUAUUUCUUUAAAAUGAAAUAAAAGACACAUUUUCUCUGCACCUCAAAGCUAUUUUCCAGCAUUCAAAUUUAUUUUCAAUUGUCAUCUUUUGUUUUUAAUAUCUGAGUUCAUUAAAGAGGCUUUAAUAAUUAUUCACAACAGGUACAGAUGUUUCUGCUCUUGGGUCAGUGCCGGCUGCAGUUUUAUGCUUUUUAAAGGCAGCUAUCCAGAACAUUCCUAAACUGAAGGUAAAGAAAAAUAAUUUUUUGAUCAGGGAUGAGAUAUAGACUUUCAAGAAGUGUAGUAUUGUAGUCUUUCUCUUAAUCUAUAGGCUAAAAUUAAAAAGGGCAUGAAAAUGUUCCAUUAUUACAUGAAUGUGUAUAUAAAAUAAACAUUCAAAUAUAUAUCUGAUUCAUUUGACUUGAUUCUAAAAGUAAUUUACACCAUCAGGAUCACAACAAAUUUUCACAAACAGUCCUUUAUGCCAUUACCUUGGGAGGAGACACUGACACUGUUGCCACUAUGGCAGGGGCCAUGGCCGGGGCUCUUUAUGGCAUGGAGGCUAUCCCAGAGUCAUGGCGAUACUAUUGUGAAGGUGUGGCUGAUGCUGAAACAAUGGCUGAACAUUUCUUCAACAUGACACAGGCACCAACAGUGCAAUAAAUGAUGUGUUAUAUUUUAAAAAUUUUAAAGGCUUACUCCUAAUAUUGAGAUUUUAGAGAAUUUGAAUUGGUUCAUAUAUUGAUAUUCAUAUAUUUUUUAAAAAUUGUAUAAAGUGAAAUUAAAGCUCCACUAGUGAUUGCAUAAUCGCUGGACUGAAUAACCCAAAAGAUGUGACACUGCCCAUUUUUGUGGUCUGAGUGAAAGUGAAUAUAGUGAAAGAUUUAUAACAAUAACAAAUAUGCUCAGAAACCAAUAUAUGUUUGAAUCUUACCAAAUUUCAGAAUUUAUAGUAUAGCUAAAGAGGACAUCAAGAAUAAUCAUGUUUUGUGUGAUGGUACUGCAGUACACUUUCUAGAUAAAAUCAUUUAAAGUAGUUUUCAUGUCAGAUGUUGAUUUUGUUCUCACUUUUACUGCUUAUCAAAUCAUUGCUUAUUUUAGAAUGUUCAUUUCACUAGAUAUGUGCUGGGCAAAAAAAAAUUUUCACUCUUAAAAGUGUACCCAGGUGCAAAGAUAGUUUUUAGAAACCCUACUAUCAUGAAGAGUAAUGUUAAAUAAUUACAAGUUAAUGAAACCUUAAUAUUUUUGUUUCAAAAAUGAUUAAAAUAGACAUUCAAAUUAUUACUAUUCUUUUAUGUUGAUAAUUAUUUGAAUUUUAGGCCAAGUAGUAGUUACCCUUAAGUUCAUUCCAUUUGCUCAAAUGAAGUAUUUGUGCUUCCCUGCCUUGUGGGAUCACAUUUAAGUCAUAAAAAAAUUAACAUAUAGAGCUAAACAGAGCACUAAUUGUUUAUUGAAUUGCCCAACAUUCUCUCUUCUCUCCCAUGUAAAUGUUGAUCUAAAAAGUAAAAGAGUUUGUGAGCCAUCAUUUGCAAAUACCCGUAAGUUAUGUCCCAUCAUUUUUUUAUAAUUGUUAAGAUUAUUUACGAGAUUGCACACUGUACUUGUCUCAACACAUUUUAUUAAAAUUAUUUCUUGAAAA